GUAGUUUUAUAUGAUAAUUCCACCUUCUUUAAUACUAUAUUCCAAAAAAUAUAUUUUUAAUUGCUUGCGUGGUUUUGAUUAUAGUUUACAAAUUUAUUUAUAAUGGUAACAAUGAAGUGUGGAAAGGUAAGCCUUCAAGAGCGGUCGCGAGCCAGGAUCAAGACUGCAAUACCAAAUGAGAAACCGCGGCGCUACUGUGAAAAGCGGUUAAUAAACCCGGAACAUGAAGAGGAUCCUCGCUGGUUGAUAGGGUUACAAAGGUAUUAUUGUAAUGAAAACGAACCCAUAUUAAACGAGUCACACAAUAGCGGUCGAGUUCAACAAGAAAACUUGGACUUAUUUCUCUCCGUACAAAACUUACAAUUUCAAGGCGAAGCUCAGCAAAGUAAAAGACCACGGACCAGUUUUAAAUACAAAACUUUGUUGAACAAGCAAAAACAUAGAAUGUUCGUGAAGGAGCUCAUUGAAGAAGUUCAUAAUGAGCCUGGGCGAACCUCUGAAUUAACUUAUUAUUUUGAUGAUUACGCAAAAUACUUGGACCGUUCAGGGAAUUCGUCGGAAAAAUCAAGCUUAAUUAAUGUAACGAAUGAAAGUAAGACGAAUAAGGCUAUACAAACACAAUUUCGAGGCAGCGAUACGAACGUGCAAUUAAAAAAAGUUAAAAAGACACGCAAAAGAGAUACUGUUCCACGUACUAAAAAAAACGAUGAAAUUAACGAUAAAAAUUUAGAGAAAGCCCAAAUAUCGUUUCAUAAGCAUGGCAAAACUAAAAUUCUUACUAUUUCGAGGAAUGAAAGCCCUUCUACUUUGCAAGUUAUAAGGGUUGAUGUUGUCUGCUAUCAAAGCGGUAGUUCUAUGUCUCUUUACGAAGACAAUAAACCCGUUAAAGAAUCAAACGAUCACAACAAUAAUUAUAGAAUAGAUUUAAAGCACAAACACCUGGCAAAUAAAUACCUUUUGACAAGCUCAGUGAAAACUUUAGACGAAAAUACUCGCGGAGCCAAGGUAACACUGCUUUGUAAGACAUUUAAGCUUGCGGAAAGAUCUCGUAUAGCGUCUGAAAGAAAAACUAAAUUUCUCAAAGAAAAUGUUAACAUCACAAUAAAACAUAAAUGAAAAUGUGAUUUUCGUACUUUUAAAUUUAACAAUAAAUACAAUUUAAUGUUAUUAUUGAAUACUCCGAGUAAUUGAUGUACGUAAUGUGAAACAAUUUAGCGAAUCUAUUAUUUUAUUAGGUUACCAGUGAAACAACAUUUUAUUUUUCUAGAAAAUUAUGCCUUUAUCACAAGAAUAGUUAAAAUGAAAUGAUGUGUAUUAAAAUUACCUGCAAGCGAAAUUUGGCGCCCUUCUGGCGCCGCCAUUGCUUUUAACCUAAGCAUCCCAAAGUUAUUUCUUACAUAAAUAGCUAAAUAGUGUGAGAUAAUAUGUUUCUACCAUUAUAUUAAUUAUUCGUUGGUAACUGAAUUCAUGAACAUUAAUAGUGGUUAUUUCUAAACAUAUUUACAAUUUUCCUACUCUAGAAAUUCUGUUAGAUUCUAAAGUAAACUCUCCACGAUCAUAACAGAAUUGCCUGACAAAAUAUUCGAGAAAUAUGUAAAAACUAUUUUAAUGGCAAGGGGUUGUUAUAAUAUUAAAGAGGAUGAUGAAAUUUGUAGUACAGUUCUUUGCAUAACACAAGUCUCUGCGACCCCGUAGCAUUCACUACUAACGUAUUUUUAAUUACUUACGUAAUUUAUUUUAUGACGCAUUUGCGCACUUGUUUUUGUAAACAUUUUAUGACUAUUUACAAAUGCUUGUAUACACGGGGAAGAGUGCUGGCCUGGGACGUGACUUGCGUCGACACUCUGGUUCCUUCCCAAGUCCAAGUUACGUCAGUUGGUGCUGGGGCUGCUGCUUCGACUGCCGACGACACAGAUAUGUCGGUCUCAGUGAGUCUUACAUAUUUGUGCCGUUAGACGAGACACUUGGCCCGUGGGGUCCAGAGCCUAGGAGAUAGUACAAAGUACUAUCUUCCC